AUGGAUAACAACGUGACCGUCGAUCAAGGAGCUACAAGGCGCACACACACUUAUACUUUCCAUCGCGAGGGUAUGGUUCAAUUGGGACAAUUGGGUGAAUUGGUCACUGGUCAUAAUGAAACAGUGUUCAGUGGAAACUAUGGCAACAUAUUAUCUCUUCUGUACUCGCGUGUCGACGAAUGGGCCUUAUCUACUCUUCUUCAAUUCUACGACCCAGAUAUCCGUUGUUUCACAUUUUCAGAUUAUCAGCUAGCUCCCACUCUCGAAGAGUACUCUUGCCUCCUCAACAUCAAGAUUCAACACAGAGUGCCUUUUGUUUGUGUCCCAGAGAAACCUAGGUUGGAUUACAAUGCCAACGCUCUUUAUUUGAGCUUGGGAGAUGUUCAUGAUAACUGGAAGAAGAAUGGUGAUACACAUGGCUUCUACAUGAGUUUCCUGGUUGAAAAAGCUCAAGAAUUUGCCGACAAAGGAAUAUGGGAGGCUUUCAAUGCUAUUUUGGCCGCUCUAAUCUAUGCAAUUGUGAUGUUUCCCAACAUUCACAAGUUCGUUGACUUGGCUGCUAUAUGUCUUUUUAUGGACAAGAAUCCAAUACCCACCCUAUUGGCUGACACAUAUUAUUCUAUUCACUCUCGGCAUGGUAAAAGGGGGGCUAUUCGAGGUUGCUUGCCGCUGUUAUAUAAAUGGUUCAAAUCUCACUUGCCUGCUAGUGGUCCGUUUGUUACCUCUACUCAGAAAUGGUCUCAGAGAAUCAUGGGACUCACUGCAAACGACAUCGUAUGGUAUCAAUUCCGAACAGGCAUAUCUGAAGUCAUUAUUAGGUGCGGAAACUUUGGUAACGUCCCGCUCAUUGGGACAAGAGGAUGUAUUAACUACAACCCAGUUCUAGCUCUUCGUCAGUUGGGCUAUACCAUGAAGAGUGGGCCUUCGGAUAGGGAGAUUUACCAAUCCGUAUACUUUGAAAAGGGAGCUGACCCUAUAGCGCUUGAGGAAAUCAGGAAGGCCUGGAAUAACAUUCAUAUAGGUGAGAGAUCCACUCUGGGAGCCAAGAAUGCCAUUGCUAUGAAGCCCUAUACCGAUUUGGUUAAGGAGAGAGUCAAGACACUUCUGUUACCAUUCCCGAGGGUCCCUCUCUUGUAUGCACAACCUCCGAAGAUAUCGGAAACUAUGGUAUCAAGGGAACGUUUUGACUAG